GGCCCGUUGUAGGCUUAUUAGAAGAUAUGCACCGGAUGCAGGAACGUGGCGAUCUGCGAUGACGAUGCGAAGCUUUGGGCCAAAGAGGGGUAAUGGUUGUGUGUUGUCGAUAAGCCCGGCUACUAGGGAGCUAGCGUGGCCGUAUUGGGCAGGCACAGUGCUAGCCCCAUAUUAGAUCCUGGCUUAUCGAAGUUGUCCAGGCAGCGAGGCCGCCACGGCCAGCUUCGGAGCCAGUGCCUGUUUCACCUUCUAUUACGUACCUGUGCCGCGCCUACACCCACCGAUCCCCCGGCUCCUUCCUACUUUCAUCCAUCAUCAACCUUCCUUUCUUCUAAACAUUAAACGUCCAAUCAUCCAAACACAGACUGUCGGUCCGCCAUGAGGAUCGCUGCUUCAACCGUCCUUCUUGCUGGAGCGGCCACGGCUGCAUCCUUCCAGCAAGAUGCGCAGCAGGUGCUCGGUACUGGCUUUGAAGCCAUCAAGCCCAUCGCCGACUCCUUCUCCUCGGUGUCGCCGUUGAAGAGCUUCGAGGAGGCUCUGAAGGGUAUGACCUCCGAGGCUAAGGCUCUCUGGGAGGAGAUUAAGUUGCUCGUUCCCGAGAGCGCCUUCGAUCAUACCACUUGGUUCAGCAGCCCAAAGCCCCAUAAGCGCCGGCCCGAUCACACCUGGGAUCACAUCGUCAAGGGCGCCGACGUGCAGGACAUGUGGGUACAAGACGCAAACGGCGAGAGCCAUCGCAAAGUUGGCGGCCGUCUUGAGAACUACAAUCUCCGUGCGAAGUCGGUUGAUCCUUCGAAGCUGGGAAUCGAUACGGUGAAGCAAUACAGUGGUUACCUGGACGACGAGGCUAAUGACAAGCACUUGUUCUAUUGGUUCUUCGAGUCCCGGAACGACCCCAAGAACGACCCUGUUGUCCUCUGGUUGAAUGGUGGCCCGGGCUGUUCCUCCCUGACUGGUCUCUUCCUCGAGCUUGGCUCGUCAUCCAUCGAUAAGAAGCUCAGGCCCGUCUAUAACGAACACAGCUGGAACGCCAACGCCAGCGUCAUCUUCCUUGAUCAACCCGUCAAUGUCGGCUACUCGUAUUCUGGCUCCGCGGUCAGUAAUACUGUCGCCGCUGGCAAGGAUGUCUACGCUCUUUUGACCCUCUUCUUCCAACAAUUCCCCGAGUAUGCGACGCAGGACUUCCACAUUGCCGGCGAGUCUUACGCUGGACAUUACAUCCCUGUUUUUGCUUCCGAGAUCCUUUCGCACAAGGACCGUAACAUCAACCUGAAGUCGAUUCUCAUUGGCAACGGCUUGACCGACGGUUACACUCAGUAUGAACACUACCGCCCUAUGGCUUGCGGUGACGGUGGCUGGCCGGCAGUCCUUGACGAAAGCGAAUGCCGCAGCAUGGACAAUGCGCUUCCUCGUUGCCAGUCGUUGAUCAACAACUGCUAUGAGAGCGGCAGUGUCUGGAGUUGCGUCCCGGCUUCCAUCUACUGCAACAAUGCCAUGAUCGGCCCGUACCAGCGCACCGGCCAGAAUGUGUACGACAUUCGCGGCAAGUGCGAAGACGGCAACAACCUCUGCUACAGCGCACUUGGCUACAUUAGCGAAUACCUGAACCAGCAAGAUGUCAUGGACGCUCUCGGCGUCGAGGUCGGCGGCUACGAUAGCUGCAACAUGGACAUCAACCGCAACUUCCUGUUCCAGGGCGACUGGAUGCAACCUUUCCACCGCUUGGUUCCCAAGAUCCUCGAGGAAAUCCCCGUUCUCAUUUACGCCGGUGACGCAGACUACAUCUGCAACUGGCUCGGCAACCAGGCAUGGACCGAGGCCCUGGAAUGGCCCGGCCAGAAGUCUUUCAACCGUGCCGACAUCGACGACCUCCGACUUCCCGGCUCUCACUCUAAGAAGGAGUACGGCAAGGUCAAGGCCAGCGGAAACUUCACCUUCAUGCGUAUCUACGGGGCUGGCCAUAUGGUCCCCAUGGACCAGCCGGAGAACUCGCUUGAUUUCUUUAACAGGUGGUUGGGAGGCGAGUGGUUCGGGCAUUAAGUUGUCUUGGAGGUUUCCCUGAGAAACAAGUUGUAUUCUACUCUAGCAGAGGUGUAUUGGAUAGCUCAGAUUGCGUCACACCUGAGACUGGAGCUCAUGCUUCUGGUACACAGGGAGGUUCACUAGUUUAUGGUACAGGCACCACAAUAUAGAUCGAGUUUUGUUUAUGGCCACUGC